GUUGUUCUAAAAAUUGGUCAUUUUGUUAUUUGCAAUGCUUAAGAUGUUGAUUUCUUGUAAAAGAAUGAGUAUCUGUCAGUAGUAACACCAUUUUAAGAUUUGUUUCCAGAGGCUAAUUUGUAUUUUUAACAGGACUUGUGCAAAAAGAAAGUGUAGAUGGGGAAAGCGGAGUUCUUGACACCAAAGGCUAUUGCCAACAGAAUAAAAUCUAAGGGUUUGCAGAAGUUAAGAUGGUACUGUCAAAUGUGUCAGAAGCAGUGUCGAGACGAGAAUGGGUUCAAAUGCCACUGUUCUUCAGAAUCUCACCAAAGACAACUAUUGCUUGCAUCAGAGAAUCCUAAUCGAUUUAUGGAUUAUUUUUCAGAGGAGUUCAAGAAUGACUUUUUGGAAUUACUUCGAAGACGAUUUGGGACAAAGCGAGUACACAAUAAUAUUGUAUACAAUGAGUACAUCAGUAAUCGAGAGCAUGUUCAUAUGAAUGCAACACAAUGGGAAACUCUUACAGACUUCACAAAAUGGCUUGGCAAAGAAGGUCAAUGCAAGGUAGAUGAAACACCUAAAGGCUGGUAUAUACAGUAUAUUGACAGGGACCCAGAGACAAUACGAAGGCAAGAAGAGCUGGAAAAGCGAAAAAAACAGGACCUUGAUGAUGAAGAAAGAAGUGCAAAAUUUAUUGAGGAGCAAGUUCGGAGAGGAAAGGAGAAGAAAGAUGAAGAUGUUCCUGUGUUUACAGAAUUAAAAAGAUCAAAUGAAGAAGAAAAGGUUGCAUUCAUGUUAAGCAUGGGACCAAGUACUUCAGCAUGUCUUUCAUCAAAGUCAAGUUUGAAUCUUGGAUCCAGUGCUUUGCAAACCAUGGCUGCCACAGGAAAAAGGAAGGAUUUGGGCCACAAUAUGGAGUCGAAGGAGAAAAAGAAAAAGUCGGCAUUGGAUGAGAUAAUAGAAAUGGAAGAAGAAAAGAGAAAAAGUUCAAGAACAGACUAUUGGUUACAUCCUGGUAUUGUUGUUAAAGUGGUAACAGAUAAAUUAGGUGGACAGUACUACAAAAAAAAAGGUGUUAUAAAGGAAGUCCAAAACAGAUACACUGCAGUUGUGAAGAUGAUGGAUUCUGGAGACAAGCUGAAGCUAGACCAGUCCCAUUUGGAGACUGUAAUUCCAGCACUGGGUAAGCAAGUUUUGGUGUUAAAUGGUGUUCACAGAGGUAAAGAAGCAAUCAUGGACUCUCUUGAUGAGAAAAGCUUUUCAGCAACCGUAAUUAUGGAUAGUGGACAUCUGAAAGGACAAAAGAUUGGAGGAAUUGCUUAUGAAGACAUUUCAAAGUUGGCUUGAGAGCAAAAGAGACUUAUUGUGUCAGGAUAUUCAUUAUUUGUAUGGUGCAUUAAGGACACAUUUAAAAUCUCGUAAAAUCUUUCUUUACGUUUUCAAGUUUGUAUU